UUUCUGCGACGCCCGCUGCUCCGUUUCCGGCUGCCGACCGCCUCGAUCCCACUCGUGCCUCCGUCGGUAUUCUCGGCGGGCCUUCCGUUGUUCCUCCGUCCAUCUCUCUCUCUCUCUCUCUCUCUCUCUCUCUCUCUCCGUUUCUUUCUUGCAAAACUUCUCCGUUGGAUUCCUUUUCCUGUGUUCCAAUCCGCCAUCCGCUAUUUUGGGUUUGUAAGUGAGGAAAAAUCUUUGUUUUCCCUGCCCUUUCUUUUCCUUUUUCACUCGAAAACCCCAAAAGAUUCGAUUUCUAAUGCACUUUCGAUUUGCUUUGCGAUAGAAUUUUGGAUUCUUUCCGGUAUUAGUCAAAACUUCACUCUUUCUGACGGAACUUUUGGAUCCCUUCCGGUUGUAGCCAAAGAGUCGGGUUGUUUCUUCAUUUCCCUCUAGUUUUUUCGUGGCUAUUUGGCGAAGAUGGUAGUCACCGAGACCGCUGAGCCAAUGGAGGCCGCGGAGCGGAUCCCCAAGGAGGCCAAGAGGAUUCUCUACGAUUUGGCGUCGGAAUGGGGCGACGUUGCGGAUUCUGAGGCGUUGGAGGUGGUGCACCUCAAGGGGGCGAUGACGAACGAGGUGUACCAGAUCAACUGGCCCACCUUGUCCAAGGACGGCGUCUCACGGAAGGUGCUGGUUCGGAUAUAUGGCGAGGGGGUGGACGUCUUCUUCGAUCGGGAGGCUGAGAUCCGGACGUUCGAGUGCAUGUCGCGGCACGGCCAAGGGCCGCUGCUUCUUGGGCGUUUCGCCACCGGCCGAGUCGAGGAGUUCAUCAAUGCUCGUACUCUCUCCGCAGCUGACCUUCGUGACCCUGAAGUAUCUGCCCUCAUAGCAUCAAAGUUGAAGGAGUUCCAUAAUCUUGACAUGCCUGGUCCAAGAAUGGUUUUCUUAUGGGAAAGAUUAAGAAAUUGGCUUGGACAAGCCCUCAUAUUAUGCCCCUUUGAAGAAGUUAAAGAAUUUCAGUUGGAUACACUUUAUGAGGAAAUAGCUACUCUGGAAAACAUAUUGUCAACAGAAGAUCAGAGUACUGGCUUUUGCCACAAUGAUCUUCAAUAUGGCAAUAUCAUGAUGGAUGAGGAGUCUAGGCAAGUGACUAUCAUUGACUAUGAGUAUGCAAGUUUUAACCCCAUUGUAUAUGAUCUUGCCAAUCAUUUUUGCGAGAUGGCUGCUAAUUAUCAUACGGAAACGCCUCACAUUUUGGAUUUCAAUAAGUACCCAGAUGUGGUGGAGCGCAAAAGAUUUAUUCAGAUAUAUCUAACAACUUCAGGUGAACCAUUGAAAGAUACGGAGGUUGAGAAAAUGCUGCAGGCUAUUGAGAAAUAUGCUCUUGCCAGUCAUCUCCUUUGGGGUCUAUGGGGAGUUAUAUCGGAACAUGUUAAUGAGAUCGACUUUGAGUACAUGGAGUAUGCAAGGCAGAGGUUUCAGCAGUACUGGUUGAUGAAGCCUGAACUAUUAGGAUCCGAGUGAACUGUAUGUUUAUACCACCUUUAUACAUGUGAUGGUUGCUCAUCCCUCCUAUGCUGUGUAUUCAUCAUGUAGUAUAAUUGCAAGCGCCCCUUAUUUAUUUUCAUUUACUGUAUAUAUCAAAUAUUUCUAAUGAGUAUGUUUUUUUGUGUGUG